UUCGAAUCUUUUUUCCCAACGCGACGGUUCGCGAUCGCGCUCGUCGUCGCCUGAAACUGAGCUGCUUGAACUCGUAGAAACACAACACCAGCUGGAAAUACUUCAAGUUUCAAAACAGUUUUUCGGAGAAGUGUCGCGUUCGAAAAGAUUGCAAGUUCCAAAUUCUAAGCGCAAGGCAGUCAAUCGAGAGAACCCCAUCGAAAGCCACGGAGGAGAUCGAUUCCAAGUGGGUGGCUCCUUCCUCCAUGUCUGUGUGCGUCCCCGGAGAGUCCAUCCCCACUUGCCACUAGCACUUGCCCCGCCAGAUCUGCACCGGUUCUAAGUGCGCAAAAUGUUGGAGGACACCCAACUGGUGUGGGUGCGAGAUGCCGCCGAGGGCUACAUACAGGGCCGGAUCACGGAGAUCGGCGCCAAGGAGUUCGAGGUUACACCCACCGAUCGGAAGUAUCCCAAGCGCACGUGUCACUUCGAUGACAUCCACUCCUCUUGCGAGGGACCCCAGGAUCACGAUGACAACUGCGAACUUAUGCUACUCAACGAGGCCACAUUUCUGGACAAUUUGAAAACACGUUACUACAAAGACAAGAUCUACACAUAUGUGGCCAACAUAUUAAUCGCCGUGAAUCCGUACCGCGAGAUCAAGGAGCUCUACGCACCCGAUACCAUCAAGAAGUACAAUGGCCGUUCCCUGGGUGAACUGCCUCCUCAUGUCUUUGCCAUUGCGGAUAAGGCCAUACGAGAUAUGCGGGUCUACAAGCUGUCGCAGUCGAUCAUCGUGUCCGGCGAGUCUGGUGCCGGCAAGACAGAGUCCACCAAAUACCUGCUCAAAUACCUGUGCUACUCGCACGACAGUGCCGGACCCAUAGAGACCAAGAUAUUGGAUGCCAAUCCCGUGCUGGAGGCCUUUGGCAAUGCCAAGACCACUAGGAACAACAACUCCUCGCGGUUUGGCAAGUUCAUUGAGGUGCACUACGAUGCCAAGUGCCAGGUGGUCGGUGGCUAUAUAUCCCACUAUCUGCUGGAGAAGAGUCGCAUCUGCACGCAGAGCGCCGAGGAGCGGAACUACCAUGUCUUUUACAUGCUCCUCGCAGGAGCUCCGCAGCAGCUACGCGACAAGCUGAGCUUGGGCAAGCCAGAUGAUUAUAGGUAUCUCUCUGGGUGCACUCAGUACUUUGCCAACGCAAAGACGGAGCAGCUUAUACCGGGCUCGCAGAAGUCCAAGAACCACCAGCAGAAGGGUCCGCUCAAGGAUCCCAUAAUCGAUGACUACCAGCACUUCCAUAACCUGGACAAGGCUCUGGGUCGUCUGGGACUGUCGGAUACGGAGAAACUGGGCAUCUAUUCGCUGGUGGCAGCUGUGCUCCACCUGGGCAACAUUGCCUUCGAGGAGAUUCCCGACGAUGUGCGCGGUGGCUGCCAGGUGUCUGAGGCUUCGGAGCAGUCGCUGACCAUCACCAGUGGACUGUUGGGCGUGGACCAGACGGAGCUCCGAACGGCCUUGGUUUCCCGGGUGAUGCAGAGCAAGGGAGGUGGCUUCAAGGGCACGGUUAUCAUGGUUCCUCUGAAGAUCUACGAGGCUAGCAAUGCUCGGGAUGCCCUGGCCAAGGCCAUCUACAGUCGUCUCUUCGAUCGCAUCGUGGGCCUGAUCAACCAGAGCAUUCCCUUCCAGGCCUCCAACUUCUACAUCGGUGUGCUCGAUAUUGCCGGCUUUGAAUACUUCACCGUGAACUCCUUCGAGCAGUUCUGCAUCAACUACUGCAACGAGAAGCUGCAGAAGUUCUUCAACGAUAAUAUCCUGAAGAACGAGCAGGAGCUCUACAAGAAGGAAGGACUCAAUGUGCCGGAGAUCACGUUUACGGACAACCAGGACAUCAUCGAACUGAUCGAGGCCAAGUCGAAUGGCAUCUUCACGCUGCUGGACGAGGAGUCCAAGCUGCCGAAGCCCUCGUACUCGCACUUCACCGCCGAGGUACACAAGUCCUGGUCGAAUCACUACCGUCUGGGCUUGCCGCGAUCCUCGCGCCUGAAGGCCCACCGCACGCUGCGGGAUGAGGAGGGCUUUCUGGUGCGCCACUUUGCCGGCGCCGUGUGCUACAACACGGAGCAGUUCAUCGAGAAGAACAACGACGCGUUGCAUGCCUCGCUGGAGGGUUUGGUCCAGGAGUGCGACAAUCCCCUGCUGCAGACCCUCUUCCCCUCGGGCAGCAGCACCUCGGUGCGCGGCAAGCUCAACUUCAUAUCCGUGGGCUCCAAGUUCAAGACCCAGCUGGGUGAGCUCAUGGAGAAGCUGGAACAGAAUGGCACCAACUUCAUCCGCUGCAUCAAGCCGAACAGCAAGAUGAUCGAUCGCCAGUUCGAGGGCAGCCUGGCGCUGGCCCAGCUGAAGUGCUCGGGCACCAUAUCCGUGCUGGAGCUCAUGGAGCACGGCUAUCCAUCGCGUGUCCUCUUCGCGGAUCUGUACAGCAUGUACAAGUCGGUGCUGCCGCCGGAGUUGGUCUCCUUGCCGGCUCGCACCUUCUGCGAGGCCAUGUUCCAGUCGCUCAACCUGAGCGCCAAGGACUUCAAGUUCGGCAUCACCAAGGUCUUCUUCCGACCGGGCAAAUUCGUGGAGUUUGACCGCAUCAUGCGCUCGGAUCCGGAGAACAUGCUGGCCAUUGUGGCAAAGGUCAAGAAAUGGCUGAUUCGGUCGCGUUGGGUCAAGUCCGCACUGGGAGCCCUGUGCGUGAUCAAGCUGCGCAAUCGAAUCAUCUACCGCAACAAGUGCGUCCUGAUAGCCCAGCGCAUAGCCCGAGGUUUCCUGGCCCGAAAGCAGCAUCGUCCGCGGUACCAGGGCAUCGGCAAGAUCAACAAGAUCCGCACCAACACCCUGAAGACCAUCGAAAUAGCCAGCGGCCUGAAAAUGGGUCGUGAUGAGAUUGUCAGUGGGGUGAAUGAUAUCUACAGGCAGAUCGACGAUGCCAUCAAGAAAAUCAAGCUGAAUCCCCGCAUCACCCAACGGGAAAUGGACUCGAUGUACACCGUGGUCAUGGCCAACAUGAACAAACUCACCGUGGAUCUGAACACCAAGCUCAAGGAGCAGCAGCAGGCCGAGGAGCAAGAGCGUCUGCGCAAGAUCCAAGAGGCUCUGGAGGCCGAGCGGGCGGCCAAGGAGGCGGAGGAGCAGCGCCAGCGGGAGGAGAUCGAGAACAAGCGACUCAAAGCGGAAAUGGAAACCCGACGCAAGGCCGCCGAGGCUCAGCGGCUGCGCCAGGAGGAGGAGGAUCGCCGUGCCGCCUUGGCGCUGCAGGAGCAGCUGGAGAAGGAGGCCAAGGACGAUGCCAAGUACCGACAGCAGCUCGAACAGGAACGCCGCGACCACGAGUUGGCCCUGCGCCUGGCCAACGAGUCCAACGGCCAGGUGGAGGAUAGUCCGCCAGUUAUUCGCAAUGGUGUCAAUGACGCGUCUCCCAUGGGUUCCAACAAACUGAUCAGUUUUUCACAAGUUGUGUCAAACAUUGCUUCGCGGUACUUGAAUAAAUCGGAAAAUGUGCGGGCCCAACAGCAGGCCCUGGGCAAGCAGAAGUACGACUUGUCCAAGUGGAAAUACUCGGAGCUGCGUGAUGCUAUCAACACGUCCUGUGAUAUUGAGCUGCUGGAGGCCUGCCGCCAGGAGUUCCAUCGCCGCUUGAAGGUGUACCAUGCCUGGAAGGCAAAGAACCGCAAGCGCACCACCAUGGAUGAGAACGAGCGUGCCCCACGCAGCGUCAUGGAAGCGGCCUUCAAGCAGCCCCCUUUGGUUCAGCCCAUCCAGGAGAUUGUGACGGCCCAGCAUCGCUACUUCCGGAUUCCCUUCAUGCGAGCCAAUGCGCCAGACAACACCAAGCGCGGCCUGUGGUAUGCCCACUUUGAUGGCCAGUGGAUCGCUCGCCAGAUGGAACUGCAUGCGGACAAGCCGCCAAUCCUUCUGGUGGCCGGCACGGACGACAUGCAAAUGUGCGAACUGAGCCUGGAGGAGACGGGUCUGACGCGCAAGCGCGGCGCCGAGAUCCUGGAGCACGAGUUCAACCGCGAGUGGGAGCGGAACGGGGGCAAGGCCUACAAGAAUCUGGGCGCCAAGCCGAAUGGGCCAGCUGCAGCCAUGCAGAAGCAACAGUAGAGCCCCGCCGCCUAUGAGCAAAUCAACAAACAGGCACUGCAUUAAUCAAACUCGUUGCCGUUUCGGUGGUCAACAGGUCAAACAAAAUCAGUAACUAACGAAAUUCCAAACCAAGUUUUUUGCCAGUCAAAUUUUACUGAAAGCGACCACGUCCAUAAAACAUUUUUAGUAAAUAUAACUAUAUUCUAUUAUGAAUGUCGAGCUUUUGAAUUUGAUUUCGAUUUCGAUCCCAUGUUUCUUUAACUGUAACCGCUCAUUUUGUGCGCCCGGACUGUUGUGGGGGCCUUAUACACUUAGCUAUACAAAUAUAUAUCUCUGAUUAAGUGAAUCUUAUGAUGUAAAAGGAAACGGCAAGUUGUAUUUAGUAUUUAACGAAGUACUAUUUAAAUUGUGUAUUUAGUUCACUGCGAUGUAUUUACAUAACUGAAUAUAUAUUUUACAGUAUUUUAAAAAUAAA